AUCAAAUGGGUGGUCAAUUUUCUUCAAAACCUUACCUUUCCUCUUACAUGGCCCUUUAGUUGCCAGUAAAACUAAAAGAUUCGGAAUUUUUAAUUGACUUGCGUUUGUCAUACAUUCUUAUCCAUAUUUAUUUUUCCUCCAAUCAAAACAGAGUUGACUGACAAGCAUAUGAAAUUUGAAUUAACCUAAACAAACGAAGAUAGCAGGAGAGGCAGAAAAGAAACACAAAAUGGAAGAAGGAAGCAGAAGAAGAGUAAUGUGCACCAUUCUAUCAGUAGACCACACCGAUAUGUUUUACAGAGUGUGCACGGUUUGCGAAAGGACUCUUCCCAACCCCUCUUCCACCUGCCACUCCUCCAACCCUCCCUCCAAACGACUAUUUCGCAUCCUCAUGUCAGUUGCCACAGACACAGAGGUUUUCACUGCCGUCUGCUUCGACAGAGUUGCCAGACUCCUCUUUGGCUGCUCCGCGGAUGAAUUCUUCAACUUCGCCAAACUUCACCCUUUUUCCGGGAUCACGCUAAAUGAGAUAAUGGAGGGAGAGAUGUUCACUAUGUCAUUAUCCAAAUCAACGAACGCCAAUGCACAACAUGUCAGAAUUGCAUCCGCUGUUCCUCUAAGCUCUUCAUUUCAACCAGCAAUUAAUGUUCUGAAACAAUGCUACCAAACGCCACACGCUUCCCAGUCUUGACACCGCUUUACUAUACUAUGUUUUUAAUGUCGACAUAUUAACAUUUCCUUUUUUUCUUUAUCGUUAUUUGUAUUGCUCAUGAAUUGAAAUUUGCUUUCGAUACAAUCUGGUGUAAAGUUGUACACGAUUUGGUGUCAUGGAUACAUGAUUUGUUUCAAAUUCUUCAGUGUGCAGUUUCAAUGAUAAUAGAAACAAGAAAAAAAAAAAAAAAAAAAGAAUUAUAUUCCACCCUCUCCUUA